AACGACAACCUGCUUUUACUCUCUCAAGUGAUGGACGGCUCUGGCCAGAUAGCGUAUGGUGACAGGAUAUUUGAAUACUAGUUGAAACAGUUACAGAUCUUGCGAAACAGCAAUCAUAGGACCUCGAUUCACUACCUGAGAGCAGUCGGCAACAUGGCUGUGACUUCAAACUCCGCUUUGAGUUAUCUUCGAACCCGAAGUGUGGUUGACUGUGAUACGCUUGAUGCCAAAGUGGCACAGGCAUUAGGACCCUUUCAGGACUGUACAUCUAAUCAGGCAAUCGCAUUCUUUGAGCUAUCGAAACCGGAACACAAAGAACUACUCGCUGAGUCUCACCUCAGAGCUGGGUCACUCUUGAAAUCUAUGGCAGAGACCAAGGACCCCCGAUUUGCUGGUAUCGAACUUGAUGAAUUGGCUAUUGAGAUUGCAACCGUGAAAGUCGCUAUCCAAGUCACAACUCAUCUUCAAGGGAAAAUGCACAUUCAGACCAACCCAUACUAUGCAUAUUCAACAGAGAAGACAAUCGCCAACGCUUUUCGAAUUGUCUAUCUCUUCAAAGAAUUCGCGCCAAACUGGGAAUCUUCCAGAAUCUGCAUCAAGAUACCUAGCACAUGGGAAGGGAUGAUGGCUUGCCGAACGUUACAACUAGCCGGUGUGCAUACGCUAGCCACGACACUGUUCUCGAUGCCCCAGGCAAUCCUUGCUGCGGAGGUAGGCUGUACCUAUGUGGCGCCGUAUGUGAACCAACUCAAAGUACACUUUGAGCCCGGAUUUGUCGACCGUAAUAAGCUGUUCUCCCUUUGUGUCGCAAUUCAAAAAUACUACAAAUCCAUCGGUGCUGUUACCCAAGUCCUACCUGCGAGCCUCACCUCAACGGACGAAGUGCUUGCACUCGCUGGCGUAGACCAUAUCACAGUUGCUCCACCGCUGUUAGAGCUUUUGUCCCUCCCGGAUUGUCCUAUUACCCAAUCAUUCUUUGAUAAUGACAUUGCGGGCUUGUUGGCUCUUCCAAAGACAUCGUAUUUGAAAGAUGAAGCUGCAUACCGGAUUGCGUUUACGCGAGAUCUUGCGGGAGCAAGUGAGGAGAAGUUGACGCAGGCCAUCAACAUCUUCUGCGACAUGCAAGACAAACUGAUUGCAUUGAUCAAGUCCAAGUCGGAGUAGCUUUUUCUCUCGUAGUACCCCUUUCAUGUAUGUAGGUUGAAAUCUCGAAUCUCCAAUUUUAUAUCGUGAAAAAUGGCGCUUAUC